AUCGCGACUGUCGUCAAGAAAGUGCAUUAGAAGCGAUGACUUUCAGCUUUGUAGACGUCGAGCUCCAGUACGAAAAGGUAAAAGGUCUCAGAAGGGAGGAUGUCGCGUACCUAAAAGAGUGGUUGCUAAGGCAACCGCACUUGCCUCAGUUGAGGGAGCUGGACAUAAUGGCCUUUCUUCAAAGUUGCGACUUCAGCAUUGAAAUGACCAAGGUGACCAUUGACAAUUACUACACGAUCAAAACUUUUUGCCGUGAAGUUUUUGGUCCACGCGAUGCAGAGAAAGUCAAAACCAUAGUAGAGCACUACCAGGUGGUGCCACUGCCAGAACCAACGGAAGAAGGUUACCUCAUCUUAAUGUCCGGGCUGAAGAACUCCAAUGUCGGCGUUUACUCUUUUGAAGAUUACGGGAAGGCCAUUGAUAUGGUUGGUCGAAUGACAUUAUACUCAAGGGGAGUAUUUAAUGGUGUAGUCAUUAUUUUUAACACGAAGAAUUUAACCUUCGGCCAUUUAACCAAACUGAACAUCUCACUGUUCAGAAAGUACUUGGUUUACCUUCAGGAAGCGCUUCCAGCUCAGCUUAAGCAAAUACACGUCAUUAACACUUCGAGCGUCAUAGAGAAGCUUUUGUCCAUUAUUCGGCCCUUUAUGAAGAGGGAGCUGUUCGAUUUGAUUCACGUGCACAGCGAUUACAAGGCGACUUUAUUCCAGCACGUUCGCCAAGCGCUCCUGCCACAAGACUUCGGGGGCUCCCAAAGGUCCACGGAUGACCUCCACGAUGAAAUUGCGACAUUGGUGCUGGAGAACAUUGACCUCAUUAGAGUGGAUGAGGCGAACCUUGUGGACGAAUCCAAAAGGUUGGUGAGGUGGACCAAGUCCGUAGGCGUCUUUGGUGUCGACGGAUCGUUUAAGCAAUUGGAAUUAUUAGAUUAAUUAGUUUGCCGCAAUUAGCGAUCUAAUUACACCCGUUCUUAUAAUGACACACGUACCAGUAUAAUGAGCUGGCGUAGUUACAAACACUAAUUAUAUUGAU